AUGGCUUCCGAUCUCGACCAGCUCGUCGAUAUGGGCUUCGACCGUGAGAAAUCCGAAUUUGCAAUCAAGCAAGGCGGUAACAUCACAGGUGCCAUCGACUGGCUAGACAAGAAUGCGGACAAGUCAAUCGAGGAUAUCAAGGAGGAGCAGGCGGCAGCGGCAGGUGAUGCGGCGGAUCCUGGAGCGACGGCGAUGAGCAUGUUUCACGCCGAGAAGACAGGCCACGACGACUUCUCGGAAUCCACAGAGGAGAUUGCACCGCUGACGGAGGACGAGAAGAAGCAGAGGCUGCAAGAGCUGCGAGAGAAGCUUGCGGCUAAGCGAGCGGGUAUGGCUGACGUGGACAAGGCGGAGAAGAAGCGGAACGACGAGAUUAGGAAGAAGCAGUCCAAGGAGACAGACGAUGUCAAGGAGCAGCUGCAAGCGAAAGAGCAAAUCAAGGAGGCUCAAAAGAAGAGGCAGGAGAAGCUCGAUGAUGUCGCAGCCAAGAAGCGUAUCAAGGAUAAGAUCGAGGCAGACAAGGCAGCACGGAGACAUAAGCAAGAGGAGGAAAAGGCUAUGCGCGCGAAUCCUGAUGCUUUCAACCCAGGCGCGCCUUCAGCUGGUGGAUCGGCACUCGCAGCUGCACAACAACCCGCCAAGGCAGCUAGCGCACAUCACAGCGAGGCUCGGCUGCGAUUGCAGACUCCUGGCGGCAACGUAAUGAAGACAUUCCCGGCUGAGACGACCCUUGUGGAGGUGGCACAGGCUUUGGAGCAGGAAAAUGGCACGCAGGCCAAGACUUUUACCAUGAAUAUGCCUAGAAAGGUUUUCGACUUCGACGACUUCGGGAUGACGUUGAAGGAGGCUGGGUUGGUGCCGAGCGCGGUAUUGAUUGUUGGAUGA